CGGCCGCUGCCUCCGCCGCUACGGGUACGUACUAUCCCUGUCCCCCUCCCGGGACAGCCUCUUAUUCCCACUCCUCCUGCGGAGCACCUGUCGUGCCAGGGAGUUCGGCGCGUUAGGGGCGCUCGACGAAGGUAAGUAGACGGUGGGUUAUCAGUCGGCAGAGCAUCUUGGUCGCGAGCGGAAACGUGGGCCCCGGUGUGGUAGACGCGCGUAGACGGGCAACAGGAGGAUACUCGGGAGUGGAAAAAGGCUCGUGCCUACUCUAGCCGCUGCUACGUCGCUGCGUAUCGUUCGGUCACGCGACAAACGCGAGGAGGCAAAGUAACGAUCCGAGAAGAGCGAAGGCGGGAGGACCGCAGGAUCGCCGGUGCGCUCCCCGCUUGGUUUCGAAACGGGUCGGGAGAUACUUGGUCGCGAGUCAGCCGUCACGCGUUGUCCGCACGCGAUACCGGGAUACCGAUACGCCGCAUCGCCCGCGACCGGAUACGCACGCGUCCCGGUAAGUUGCAGUCGCGCACGAUGACCGCGACCGCGCCAAGGUAAACGCCAGCAAGGAGGUCACGGCGCCGGUGAAUUGUGUUAAGUGCCCCAAGCAAGCCGACUUAUCUCUCGAGGUGGCCCCGCGAGACCCCGCCGCUAGUAGUGUCGACGGUGAACAACGCGUGCAUCCGCUGAGGAAUCUAACGGUCGGUAUUGACGUUGACAGUAGCUGCAGCCGCGAGAAAAGGGGAAAAAGGGCCGUCCGUCUCUCCGUCCGGCGAGGUCCAUCCGGGAAACGGCGGAAGCGACGCGAUAGGAAGCGAUAAGGGAGACUGCCGGGAUGCUGCACGAGGAGCCGCUUAGCUCCAGCUAACACGUGGUGAUUACGCACACACUCUGCGGACGCGCGAGGGCAGGACGGUGUUUCGUCGUGAGGGGCUGGGACCUCCAGGAUGCCAGGGGUGUGGAAGUUGCUACGUUGUACGCUGAUCUACGUGGUGGUUGGCCUGAGGAGCGUCAGUAGCAACAGCGACAUUUGGCCGCUGGAGAGGCCAGACGGCAUGCCGGCCAUCCAGUCUUUAGAGGUAAUGUGCGGAAAAGACCACAUGGAUGUUCACCUCUCGUUCUCGCAACCGUUCGAAGGCAUCGUCUCGUCCAAAGGCCAACACGCGGAUCCACGAUGCGUCUACGUGCCGCCGUCCACCGGCCAGACCUUCUUCUCAUUCCGGAUAGCUUACGCGAGAUGCGGCACGAAACCGGAUAUGCACGGACAAUUUUACGAGAACACCGUGGUGGUCCAGUACGACAAGGACCUGCUCGAGGUCUGGGACGAGGCGAAACGGCUGCGGUGCGAGUGGUUCAACGAUUACGAGAAGACCGCGUCGAAACCGCCGAUGGUUAUCGCGGACCUCGACGUGAUACAGCUGGACUUUAGAGGCGACAACGUGGACUGCUGGAUGGAGAUUCAGCACGGCAAGGGUCCGUGGGCGCCACCCGUGUCCGGGAUCGUGCCGCUCGGCUCCACCCUCACCCUGGUCGUCGCCAUCAACGAUUACCGAGGUGAGUUCGACAUGCGGGUCAAGUCAUGCGUAGCUUCGGACGGCGGCGGUCACACGAUACAGCUCAGCGACGAGUUCGGCUGCGUACUAAGGCCGAAGAUGAUCAGCCGGUUCCUGAAAGCGCGCGGCUCGGACGAUCGCGCGACCGUCAUCACCUACGCCUUCUUCCACGCCUUUAAAUUCCCGGACGCGUUGAGCGUUCAUAUCAAAUGCAAGGUGGAGAUAUGUCGACACGGUUGCCUGGAUCACUGUCAGCUGAGCGGCUCCAUAGCUCACUACAUCCAAGAGAGGAAAGAUCAGAUACGACCGCAGUACGUACAAAGCACGGCAGACUCGAUCAUCCCCAACGACGAUAGCAGCGCGGAUAGAGACAACGAGGAUGCGGAUGGCAACGCGGAGCAGGGCGACGGUUCUUCGUACGAGGAUGUCAUCCAGAACGGCGACGAGGUGGCAUCGAUCGGCGAACACUUUCUAGACGUAGAAAAAUCGAUUCCGAAAGCGCAGGCACAGACGAGCAAUCGAUUACCGCCAACGGUAACAGAGGUCCAUCACGACAGCGAGGUCCAUCCCGAUGACGUUGACUUGACGAAACCGUUUAUGGAACCGCCGCGAGUAACCAGAUACGAUGGCGAGCAGGAACAAUUCCCGCAUGGACCGCGCAACCUCGAGGACAACGGCGCGUCGCCAGUGACACCCCUCGCCGUCACCGCUACUCGACGAAGACGCUCGAUGACGGUGACGGACCGGAAGGCGCGUAGCGCCGACGUGGGCGUCAGCGGUAUCUACGAGGUGAUCUCCGAGGCGGAUCUGGCGUUCAGCCCGGACGCGCACACCGAGGCAGUGACGGUCUUCCAGGGCAGGAUACGCGAGGAGGUGGUCUACGGGAUCUGCCUGCCGAUGCCAGGCUUCAGCGCGCUCUUCAUCGUCGUCGCGCUCUCGGCGGUGGUGUCCGCCCUCGUCGCCGGUGCGAUGCUACACCGGCUGCAAGCGCAGCGGGAGAUGGCCGCUGCGACCGGCAGCGGAAAGGCCAAUCGUACUGGCGUGCACGCCAACAACAACAACAACGGUUGGUUGUCGUACGGUCUGCUUCGCGUGCGCUGCACGCCGCGACCCGCUCAUCAUCCCGAGCAGUUGCAGCAGGAGCCGACAACGAGCGGCGCCUCGGCGGAGGUCGCGGAUCCAUCGGCCGAGCGAGGCUGACACCGCUGAAUCCGCUGCAUCCGGGCGCUCGAGACGCGUAGGCUAGCUGCGUCUGAGGAGAGACAAUGUGCAAUAAUACGCUGUACAAAGUAUCGUAAGUGCGUAAGAGGGGCCGCGCGCGGUUACACACUGGGAGAACAAUCGUCUCGCCGGGCGGACACGGCGGGUAGACGUGAGGAGGAAGACUAACGGCACGUCCGAGCGUCCUCCUGCGAGUCGCGCGACGACACCGAGCUCUCGCGAGUCGCAGCCGCCGAGGAGUCUCCGGCAUACGCGCGAUUAAUCCGCUUUUAGCGCGUUUAUUCCGCGACUUUCGUAACGCGGUGCUUCUCAGUUUUUACGUCACACAUCAUCGAAUUUCAAUUGAUUUACGAGCUUCCCUUAUAAAUAAAUCUGUUGAUCCAAUUAUUUCAACGACACACCGUGAAAAAUCGAAAUGCAAAAAAUAUAUAAAAUAUAUUGCACUGAAAAAGAUACGUAUAUUAUUCGUUAUAUAUGUACGUUACGAAAUUACCGGAUAGACACGCUAAACGAGCAUUUAUCGGAAAUAUUCAAAAGUUGGAUUCGAUCUGCGAAAAUACGAGAACAAUUCCGAGUGAUUUAUUGUCGACGGAGAGUGGAUCGUGUUUUCGCGGAGGUUUUGGUGCCUUGGUUAAUAAUAAAAAUCGUGGGUAUAUCGUGGAAAAAGUAACCUAAGAGAAUAAUAUUGGAAGUAAUCGUAAUUACUGUAUUAGUGGUAUAUUUAUAGGAAUAAUAUUUUAUCGCACAAAUGACAAAAAUAUCAUGCAGCUAUGAUUGUUCCGGCGUGUCAAAUUAUCGUCUUCUAAAGAUGAUGCACUCGAGAUUCCGUUUGCCGAGUCGACAACGAAACACGAGGCAUCGCUCACGAUCUGAACAACUUUUUAUUUAGAUAAUUAAUAGAUAUUAUUCUAUCGUUUGUACGAGUCUUUUAGGGGAUAUCGAGCCGCCCGGUUCUACAACGCUCUCUUCAUACAGAAGAUGCUCAUUUGCUCCAAGGAGGCUAAAGUAGUAUUUAUCAUGGAUGUGGGGCAGAUGUGUAUAAAGUAUGUUAACAGUUCUUGAGAAAGCCGACGUGAAGGAAAUAAAUAUUUAAUUCCCAUCGCAUCUACCAUUCCUUCAUCUUCUAAAACUUGCACGUCUCGUGGGCUUGCGCGUAAACCAGAAGAGUUUACGAUCCAUUUUGUCUCUUCCUUAAAAUUCCACGUGUGGAUAGACUGUCGCGGAACAUAGCACAUUACGUAAGCUAUUGCCACAAAGAUGAUUUAUUACGAUCAAUUUUUUUAUACCUGUAUACGUAAGUAAGCGCACUGAAAGCGUCCAUGCUGAGAUGUCGCACACAAUGACAUUCUCUAAAGAUACUCACGGCAUGGAUAUCGAAAAAGAGAAGGUCGUAUUUUAUAUUACCACCUUUAUGAGUCCCAUCCUUCUUUUUCACGAGCACUCAUUAAUCCGAACGAAUUUUAGUAAUGGACGAAUGAUUAAUAGUUUCACUUGCUUACUCGUCCAAAUAACUUACAAGAGUUGCCAAGUACAUAAUAUUUAAGACUAGAUCCUAAGUUAUUCGUACAUGUAUACACGUGUAAAAAUUUGUCAUACGCUCAGAUUAAGCAAGUUUAAUUUAAGCGCGGCAUACGUACGAUCGGCACUGAAAAUUAGAUAAAAGCGUGGCAUCGCCUGACAGCGAAUAGAAAACGUUCGAACAAAAGUAGGGCGAUAAUACAACUCUAUUUAGUUAAAAGAUUAUCAUGUUUUUUUAUUUAAUACAAUAUUUAAUACAAAAUAAAUAAUAAUGGCAAUAAAUAUCUUUAUACGAUCUUGAAUAUAAGAUUGAGCCCUGAUUACAAUUUAUUCUCACAAAAUCUGAUCUUUUUAUUGUAAUAUAUGUUUUAUAACAAAUAGAUCGACUUUAAUCUCUCUAAUCGAUUAAUAAUGUUACGAAAGAGAUGUAUAAUUUAUUUUUACGCGACGAUGCAAGUACGCAAUUUCUAAAACAAUGUGGAUCUAUCUUAUGCACUAAAUGCUAGUUUACGCUGCAAGUAUAAACUAAUGACUGCACGCGCGCGAUUGCGUAUAACUUAUUAAAUUGCUCAACUUGCCUCUCUUAAUUUUUUAUUUGUAACAAAAUGUCUUAACAGUAUCUAUAUUAGUCGCAAUAACGCGAGGGAUGAUAAUUGGACUGUGUGUGACUCAUUACUGUGUAAUUUAUUAUUCGUUGAUUUACGUAAUAAAGGUACAACAUUUUGGCACUUUUCAUUUCCGCCAGUUAGACAUAACUAUUAAAGUAAUACUUAAACAAUUAAGUACUUUUGCAUAUAAAAAUUCUCAUAAUCGUGGCGCAUUGUGAUUUACGUUAUACAUCUUUUGUAAAUUUACUUCAUUUAAUGAUUGAAGGAGAAUAUCUAUCAUGUUUUGUGACUUUAUUUCAUUUGUUUGCGUCAUGUAUAAAAAGUAUACAGGAUUUUGCCUGUAAAUUACCUUGAAGAAUUUCGAGAGAGAGAUAUGUAAUAAAUAAAUAAUAAUAUAAUAUUAUUAACAAUAACAUUAUAUAUAACAUUAUAUAUUAAAUUAGAUAUAACUAUAGUAUAGGCUAUUUUCCUGACAUUUCAGCCUUAUUGUUAUCGCAUGUCGGAUAACCAUUGUUAAACGAGUGUCCCAGAUACCAAAAACCAAAGGAGAAUACUAAAUACAAAUACGUAAGUAAUAAACGCAAAAGUAGAGAACG